AUGGAAUCAACUGCUUUAAAUGGGAGGACGGCUAGAUGGCAAAACCUGCUCUCUGAAUUUGACAUAGUAUACGUAAGUCAGAAGGCCAUAAAGGGGAGUGCAAUAGCUGAUUUCCUGGCUAGCAGAGCCUUGGAGGAUUAUGAGCCUUUGAACUUCGACUUUUCAAAUGAGGAUUUGAUGUAUGUGGCAAGCACUGAAGAAAAUCCUCAAAGAGAUCACGAGUGGAGGUUAAAUUUCGACGGAGCUUCAAAUGCUAUAGGUAAUGGAAUUGGGGCAGUCUUGGUAUCCCCGAGUGGAGAUCAUUACCCUGUAGCUAGCAAGUUGGACUUUGAUUGCACAAACAAUAUGGCAGAAUAUGAAGCGUGUAUUAUGGGCAUUCAUGCAGCCAUCGAGCGGAACAUCAAAGUGCUAAGAGUAUAUGGGGAUUCCGCGUUGGUGAUAUACCGACUUAAAGGGGAAUGGGAAACUAAAGACCCUAAGUUAAUCAGUUAUAGAAGGCUAGUCCUCGAGUUGGUUGAUGAGUUUGACGAUAUCACUUUCAGUUAUCUCCCACGAGAGGAAAACCAAAUGGUUGGUGCAUUGGCUACUCUAGCUUCGAUGAUUCAGGUGAACAGACUUGAAGUAAUGAGGCCUAUUCAGAUGAGUAUCUAUGAAACCCCGGCUUAUUGCUACAAUAUUGAGGAGGAGGGAAAAGAUGAUCACCCUUGGUAUCAGAGUAUCCUACAGUAUGUGAAGAAUCAGGAGUACCCUAGUCAAGCAACGGAGAACGACAAGAUAACUCUAAGAAGAUUAGCCAUUGAAUAUGUCUUAGAUGGGGAAUUGGACGAAGCCGAAUGGGUCCAAUCUCGAUAUGAUCAGUUGAACCUAAUAGAAGAAAGGAGGUUAAGAGCUAUUCAUCAUGGGAAAAUGUACCAGAAACGAAUGAUGCGAGCCUAUGAUAAAAAGGAGGGUCCUUAUGUCGUAAAGAGGGUCUUUUCUGGUGGAGCUUUGAUCCUAAGUGAGAUGGAUGGUAAAAGUUUGCCAAACCCCGUAAACGCAGACUCCGUUAAAAGAUACUUCAUUUGA